GCAGCUGGCGUGGCGUCUCUUCAUAGGAAAAUGGCCUACAUGGAGCCGCCCACGCCUUCUCUGUUACGUCAUGAAAGGACAAAUCGAUGUCCCGCGAGGUCAUUCGGUCUCUCCGAACAGCCGGCAGUGGAAGAGGGGAGCCGCCAUUUCAAGUCACAGACGCAGCUCCGCCAGAAGACACUACGCCGCCAUGUACCCGACGUCUUUGACGCAGUUAGCCCGGGCGAACCCGUUCAGUGCUCCCCUGUUCUCUCUCCACGAAGCGAAGGAACCGGCGCAGAGCGUCCAUGGACAGACGACCCGCAGACUGGCGGCAGCUGCUGCUGCAGACGAGGGAGACAGUUGUGCGUUCGGCUCUCAGAAGUAUUUCGUCCUCUGUGGCUUUGGUGGGAUUCUGAGUUGUGGAACCACACACACAGCUGUAGUUCCCCUUGAUCUGGUCAAAUGCAGAAUGCAGGUGAACCCUGAUAAAUACAAAAGUAUUGGAAAUGGGUUUUCAGUCACAAUAAGAGAAGAUGGUGUCAGAGGCCUAGCAAAAGGCUGGGCUCCCACUUUCAUUGGCUACUCCAUGCAGGGACUUUGCAAGUUUGGCUUUUAUGAAGUGUUCAAGAUCUUCUACAGCGACCUCCUGGGAGAGGAAAACUCCUACAUGUGGAGGACAUCACUAUACCUGGCUGCCUCAGCCAGUGCAGAGUUCUUUGCGGACAUUGCUCUGGCUCCCAUGGAGGCUGUCAAAGUUCGUAUCCAGACCCAGCCAGGCUAUGCCAACACCCUCAGACAGGGUGUCCCCAAGAUGUAUGCAGAGGAAGGGCUCUGGGCGUUCUAUAAGGGAGUGGUGCCCCUGUGGAUGAGACAGAUUCCCUACACAAUGAUGAAGUUCGCCUGCUUCGAGCGCACUGUGGAGAUGCUAUACAAGUAUGUUGUUCCUAAGCCCCGCAGCGAAUGCAGCAAACCCGAGCAACUGGUUGUUACCUUCGUGGCAGGUUACAUUGCUGGAGUGUUCUGUGCCAUUGUGUCCCACCCUGCUGACUCAGUGGUGUCCGUGCUGAACAAGGAGAAAGGCAGUACCGCUCUCCAGGUCCUCAAGAGACUUGGACCUAAAGGUGUGUGGAAGGGUCUGAUUGCCCGUAUCAUAAUGAUUGGAACACUCACUGCCCUGCAGUGGUUCAUCUACGACUCUGUCAAAGUCUACUUCCGCCUUCCUCGCCCCCCUCCCCCUGAGAUGCCAGAGUCCCUGAAGAAGAAGCUUGGCCUCACAGAGUAACCCCCUCUACACGCCCCACCCACCACACAACUUCCGCAGGCAGCACACAAAGCCGUUUUCUGUAUGUAAGUUUUCAGCUUGUGCUGCACAGAGCUGCUCCUACUCAUGUAUAUUUAAAAGAAAUGAACAAGGGGACAUGGAGCCGUCAUUCAGGUCUGCUGGUAGUACGACUGAAACGGUCCUCAGUCCAAGUCUGUCUGGUUUUAUCAGUUCCUGUCUUUAGAGAGUCUGGAAAUUCUAAUAAAAUGAAAUUCCUCAAUCA